AUGUUUAGCUUUAAAAAAGGCUAUAAGAAAAAUCGCCCUCGUCAGGGCGAAUCACAACGUCUUCAGAUCCUCCAGUGGAAUGCUGGAGGAAUGUCUCCGGACAAAAAGAUCCAAGUACAGAAAAUCCUGCAAACCUAUGAUGUAGAUAUUUUCACAAUUAUAGAAACUAACAUUUCGGAAGGCAAACUGAAGUACUACCGAUUCCCAGGUUACACCCUGUACAAUCUACCUAAAUACAGGCAAGUUGUAAGUGGAAUUCUAACUGGCGUAAAAGAAGAGGGAAUUUGCAAGUGGAAUUCUGACUGGAGUAAAAGAAGGCCUUAG